CCUCGUUUGGAUUGAGGGAUUUGGAGGGUUUUGGAGAGAAAAGAAAGGGAAGGAUAGGGAUAGGUGUGUUUGGAUGGAGGGUUUUGGAGAGAAAAGAAAGGAUUGGGAAGGAUUUGGAGGGAUAGCCUAUCCCUCCAAAUCUCUCCUAAACAGUAAAACCAAAUCCCUCCAAAAUUGACAAGAUUUGGAGGGAUUUGGAGAGAAAGGGAGCUAAUGACCUUUGGAGCCCAUCCGGAAAAGUCGCCGGAAGUUGCAAAGAUCAUCGGAAAAUUCGUCGAAAGUUGCAGAGACUGUCGGAAACUCGCCGGAAGUUGCAGAAAUCGUCGGAAAAGUCGCCGGAAGUUGCAGAAAUCGUCUGAAAAUUCGCCGGAAGUUGCAGAGAACGCCGGAAAAUUCGCUGGAAGUUGCAGAGAUCGUCUGUUGCAGAGAUCGUCUUUUGAUUUUGGUAGAUUUUGUAGAUUUUGUAGUUGGCAGUUGGAGAGAGAGACAGCCGAUAUGGGUUUAGGUCCAGAGGCGGCGGUUCUGGAGCUGCCGAGCGCGUGCGCCGAUGUCGACCUUGUUGGGACGGACCGGUUUCCGCUGGGCGGUGGAGAAGAAGCGGAGAUCGGAGCGCUGAGAUUGGAGGAAGGAGAUCAACGAUGGAGAUUUGGGGAUGGUGAAGAUUGGGGGUUGGUGGUGGUGAAGAGAGGGUUGGAGUUGGAGGAGGGUGGUGUUGCGGAGGAGAAGACGAGAUGCGAGUCGCCAGGGGAGCCUGGAAGAGGCCAUCGGAUUUUCUCGGGAAUUUUCCGGGAAAUGAGUGGGAAAGUCCGAGAAUUUCUGUAAAGACGGCUGAAUGGCACUCGAGAAUUGUGUUCUAACCCUACCAAAAAGGUGUAUCCAAACGAAGCCUAA